CAAACAAACGAUAAGAUAAACAAUAACAAAUUUAUUAAAAUAUAACAUAUAAGUAAUAUUAGUUAAUAAUUUUUAUUUUAUCCGCAUUCCUUUUUUAAAUUAAUUACUUUUACGUUAUUCGAUUAUUGAUUUCGGUUCAAGAUUUUCAAUUCCAAUUGAUAUGGCCAAUGAAAAGAGACUUUCCAUCGGAAACGAACAACCUAACAGGCUUCAUAUGACUGCUCCAAGAACAUUUUCAAAUCAAUGUCACUUAUUAAAUAAAGGAGCAAUAGAUUGGUAAUAAUUUAUAUGAUGAAAAUCACAUUUUAACUUUUUUUAAUAUUUAUUUUAUUAAAAAAAAAAAAACAUUUUAAGUUAUAAGUUUUUAAAUCCUAAAUUAUAAUUUGAUUUUGGCAUUAUAUAAUAGGUAUUAUAUUAUUGAAAAUAAACUGUUAUUUUAAUUAUCAAAUAAAAUUGUAAUAUUUAUUAAAGUGGAUAAAGUGAAUUUAAAAAUAGAGAUCAAAACAUUAUUAUUAAAUAGAUUUAUGAAAUAAAUAUUAAAUUAUUAAAAUUAAUCUAAAUGUAAAUAAAUAUUUGGGUGAAUAUCAAUAAAACAGCAUGGAUAAUAGGUAUAAGCGCAACUAUAAGCAUAACUUGCCCUGUUUGUGUGAAAUUAUUCUUAUAAUUUAUUAUUUUUAAAUAGGUCUGAAAAUGGACUAUUAGCAUACGGAUCUAAUAAUUUAGUUGUAAUUAUCGAUACUGUAAAAGUUAUUCCUGUGCAAUGCUUCACUGAUCAUAAAACUUUAAUUAAAAAGGUAAAUAACUAUAUUACAUAGAAAAUACAUUUUAUUUUUAUAUUUUACUAAAAUAUUAUUGUUAAAAAUAUUUUAGCUCUUAUGGGUUCCAUUUGAUUCUGUUGCUGGUGCAUCUUGCGAAUUAGUGUCUGCUGACUGUGCAGGUGAUAUUGCAUUAUGGGAUGUUUGCAGAGGUCGAUGUAUAUCGUGGAUUGACUCAGACCAAGCAAAACCUAUCAUUGGUAGUAUUUCUAUAAUACAAUUAUUACUACUAUUAAAUCUAAUAUUAAAUUAAACAACAGGAAUGGAAUGGGUACCAUCAUCAUUCAAUAGUGAUUUGCUAUUAGGUGUUCUACAUUCUCCUUACACAUUUUCUAUAUUAGAUAUACAUAAAGGAACACGGUUGUGGAAAAAAACAUUCUGUGAUACAAUUAAUAGUUUUGCUUUUGAUCCAUUUUAUCUAAAUAAAAUUGCUUGUAAGUUUUUCACUAAUGAAACAUUUUCUAGUUAUAUAAUAAGGCAUACUUUUUUUUUCUAGUUUUAUGUCCAGAUUGUAUACUAUUUUUUGAUAAUUUUGAACAAAAAGUAGUACUUAGUGGCAAUGGACGAAAGUUUUACAUAUCAAAUACUGCUGCUGGAGAGAAUUCUAUUUCAAAUGAAGAAUCCACUCGGCCUAGAACAAGAUUUAAAAGACUGAUGAAGGGUUUAGUAUUAGGAGAAAGUCAACCUAAGUAAGCCAAACUUAAUAAAUUAUCUAUCAUGGGAGAAAAAAUCAUAACUAUGUAUGUUUAUUUUAUACACAAAUAUAAACAUGUAUUUUUAAUUUUUAACAUAUUUAGAAUUGAUGCUUCAUUGAUGGUUUCUGAGUGCAUUCAAUUUUUAUACCACCGCUCACUACGAAAUCACAUACUUUUGAUGUAUCAACAUGAUAUAUUGAUUAUUGAUUUGCAUAUAAGUAUGACAGUUGGAGUAAUUAGUAUUGAUAAAUCAUUUUCUCCAUUUUGUCAGGUAAUAUCUUCAAAUACAUUAUUUUUUAAUUUUUUAAAUAAUUAAUACAAAUUUGCAGAUGUAUUCUUGUCAACAACGCGAUGUAAUAUUUUGUCUUCAAGAGACUGGAAGUUUGUCAUUGAAAUUAAGACGUAAACCUAUUGCUAAUUAUUUGAUGUCUCCAAUGGAUACUUCUCCUGUCACAGUAGCUGGCAAUGGUAAUCUAAAUAUCUAUUAUACAUUAACUUAUACACGUUAAGUAUUAAAAAACUAUAAAAUAAAAAAAAUUUUGUUUCUAAUAUUUUAGACACUCAUACUGAUAACUAUUUAUGGUAUGAACAUAGAAUACAAAGUGAAAUCAUUAGACAAACCAAAAAUUCUAAAGUUUUGGGCAUGGCAGUUUGUCCGAUAACUGAAAAACACUGUGGUUUGUAUAGACUUCAAAUAAAUGUUAAAAUACAAAAUACAAUUUUUUGUCUAUUAUACUAUUAUUGUUGUAGCAAUAUUAUUGAGUUCGGGUAAAAUAAUGAUUUUUGAACUUGAGAAACUGAUGACUGCAUCUAACGAUGUUUCAUUUUACCUUGGAAGGCGAGAUAAUCAUAAAAUUACACUGAGUAAUAUACUUCCAUCAUUCAAUGAUGUAAUUAAAAUAAAUACAAAUAUUUAAAUUUAUCAUAUGAAUACAAAUAUAUAUUAUUAUAGGCUCAAGGAUUGAUACCAAAAUUGCGUUUAUAUUCACGGGGAAUGCUUCCUAGUCUUGAAUCCACAUUAACAGUUAUUAAAUAUUGUCCACCUCUGACAUCAGCUACUAGAGCUAAAUAUAAGCCUCUUUUGGCUGUGGGUACGAAUUCAGGGAACCUGGCAAUUUUUAAUUUAGCUACUGGUUUAAUGUCAAAAGAGUAUCAUGUACACUCUCAUCCUGUUAGGUGAGCCUUUUAUUAAUAUUUUAAUUAAUCAAGUCAUCUAUAAUUUAUAUGAAUAUUUAUGAACAUACUAUUAGAGGCAUUGAGUGGAUCAAUCAUCGCUACAUAUUCUCUUGGUCAUUUUAUUCGUAUACAUCAAAUACUAAAAGCCAAGUUAUCGUUACUGAUAUACAAUGUGGACAAUCAACACCUGUGCGUAUAAAUAAAAUAGAUGAGCCACAUGUAAUAUUUGUUAAAGUAUCACCUUUAAAGUAAAUAUUGGUUUUACAUCUUUUAAUAACUUAAGUUAAUUAUAAUAAUAAUUAUGUACUAACACAUACUGUUUAUUUGAUUUUAUAUUUUUAGACAAUAUUUUGUAAUUGGAAUUAAAGAUUGGCCGGUAGAAAUUUGGGAUUUAAAAUCCAUGUCAUUGUUAAGUAAAAUGUCAAAAAGAUUUCCACCAGCUGUUUGUUUGGUAAAUAUCUUUGAACAGUGUUAUGAUUAAAUAUACAUAGUUUUAAUAUAUUACAUAUUAUAAGGAAUGGGUUCAAUGUAACAUGUCAAAAGGAAAAAAAAAUAGUGUAACUACUCCUAUAAUUGAAGGUAUUUAUUAUCUAUUUAUAUUAAAUAUAAUUAUUUUAAUAUUAGAAAUAAAAUUAAUUCAAUUUGUUAAUAUCAAAAAAAUAUAUUUAAUUAUUUUAAAAUUAAUUUUUGUUAUUUAGAAAAUGAAAUUGGUUCAAAAUACCCAGAACAUUUAUUGAUCUCUGAUAUAGCAGGCAACCUUUAUGCGUUUUUAAUAGACUCUAAUAGUUGUUUGAAGCCUGGUACUAUGAUAGAGCCUGGAGUAAGUUUGAUGAAGAUGUUAAAAUCCAAAAUUGUUAUUUAAUUUAAAAAUGUCCCUAUAGAUUUUGUUAAAAGCUCCGAUAUAUCUUACAUGUAAGUUGAAUGUUGCACUUCAAGUAGAUAGUGACGGUAAUUUGUUUGUGUGGGAUUUAAGUAACCAUGUAGACAAACAAAAACAACUUAUUAACCGUUUAGAAAUUCGCAAGUUGAAAUUUGCUCCCGGAGCUGGGAAUUUCCGAUUUUUAUGUUUAUCAUCAGAUGGUAUUGACAUUUUUAAUGUUUUUGGUGUAAGUAUAUUAGAUUAUAUAAAAUCAGCUAUUUGUAUUUUUCUAUACUAAUUACACAAAAUUAAAGUAGAAACCAUGCUGCUCUACUCCAGUGGUCUGUUAUUGACAGUCUGCACAUCUAUUUUAUAUUGUCCACUCAAAAUUACAAAAUUAAAUUGAAUAUUUUACUUUUAUAGCUAUAUAGCUGCUUCAUAAUUAUAAAAUAUUAUAUUUUGUUUCAUAUAGUCACCACAAUCUAUUGAAUUAAUUUCUACAAUGAAGACAGACAAAAAGUUACAAAUUAUUGAUGCUGAUUGGGCUAGUGCUGAGCACUCUGUAAUCAUGUUUAGUGACCAUUCCAUUAGAGUGUUUGAUAUUAAAUUAACCAAAUCCUACUCUUCAAUAUAUAAUUAUGAAUUUGAUGGUAAGAUAUUGAUUGUUGUACAAAUUGUAUAUAAUAUUACGCUAAAGUUUAAGUUGUUAACUAUUAAAACUGUUAUAUUAGAUUUACAGGGCCCACCUGCAAUUUUAGAUUUGGAGUUAUGUAAGAUGUUUUAUUUUUGGCUCUCUGCUACAUGUAAAGAAGUUUAUAGCACUGAACUUGGUUUUAACAAUUAUGAAUUAUCCCGUAAGUAGUAUAAAUCAAUGUUUAUUAGUUAUUAGUUAAAAUUAAUGCAGUUGUAUGAUUAUGCUUUUAAAGUUAUUAAAAAUGCCUGCCGUUCUUUACCAUGGACAGAGUUGAAAUUAUGUACAAAAAUAGCUGAACGAGCUUUAGUGGUAUCCCAAUCUCUUGGAUUAAAAAAUGAAAUCCGAUUUUGGACAGUAGCUUUCCAUUAUAUUAUGAUGGGCGAUGAUUAUGCUACAAGUGUAGUACCACCUUUAGAUUCUUGUUAUGAUGUUGUUUGUGACUGUGCUACAUAUCGAGUGAGUCCAAAUAAAUUAAACAAGCUUGUUUUUCAUAAAUGUAUUUAUCUCUAGAAAAUAUUUUUGAUCCUCAAACAGAUUUAAUAAACUAAAUUAGAUUUUAAUAAUGCUGUUAAUUUCUAAGGAUAAUUUAUUAGAAAUUUAUAGUAUUAAUAAUUUUUAUAUCUACUAAUUAGAUUUUAGUGCUAAGCAUAUAAAUAUCUUAAAUAUUUAGAAAAUGCAAUUGGAACGAGUUUUAUUGCAUGAGUGGAAAAGUGGAGAAUAUUUGCACAUGCGACGAGUUGUAGAUAAAUUUAUAUUACUUGGUGAGAAAACAAGAGCAUUAGACUUGCUCUUAGCGACCGGUGUCAAUGAUCCACACUACUAUACAGACGCAUUAAAGUAAAUUUAUAAUAUUAUAUAUAUAUAUAUAUAUAUAUAUAUAUAUAUAUAGAUUAUUUUUAUUAAAUUAUCCAUAAAAUAUUUAAUUAAUAGGGCUUGUUUGAUUGCUACUGUUGAUACAAAUACUACUAAUCAAAGUACAAUUAAAUUAGUCGCAGCUAAUCUCAUUGCUGAAAAUAAAAUUAAUGAAGGUAAACCAUAAACAAAUUACUAAUUUAAUGGUAAAAAUACAAUUUGAAAGGACGUUUUACUAGGUAUACAGCUGUUGUGUAUGAUUGGCAAAGGAUCACAAGCAUGCCGUUAUUUGAUAUCAUACAAUCAAUGGGAACAAGCAGUAUGGUUAGCAAAGUGUUCAUUAUCGAAAGAUGACUGUGAUACUGUUUUAAAAAGUUGGGCUGACAAUUUAUUAUCCAAUAGAAAUCAGGUAAUCCCAUUGGUUUUAAUAAAUUUCAAUAUAAUACUAGAAAGUAAAAAUAGGUGUAUUAUUUUCAUUACUUAUUCUUUUGAGUAUAAAGAUUAUGUAUUCUAUUAUAGUAAAACUUCCUUAAAAUAGACUCCCUAGGCGGAAAUCUCCUUAAAAACAGAAAAUUACAAUAGUUCUGUAUAAUCUACAUCCUGUAUAUUUUAGUCUUCAUAUAACAGAUAUUCCUUUAUAAAGAAAAAUCAGUUGGUACUGAAUAAUUUCAUUAAAAGAAGGUUUUACUGUAUUUGUCAACAAUAUAAAAAAAAAUUUAAUUACCUAAUAAAAUAUUUUUAUUGAUAAUAAAUGUGUGAAGUCAAAUGUUUAUUUUUACUUUAGAUUUUUAUAGUUUGAUAUGUUUUAGGAAGAAGCUAUUUUAGUGUUGUUGUCAUUGAAGAGGUUUAAUGAUGUAUUGAAAGUUUUAAUCAACAGUGAUCGAACUUACAGAGCAGCACUCUUUGUUUUGGCUUGCCAUGAAAAUAAUAUAACUCUUGACAAUAUCCUUUUAAAUUGAACAUUUUUAAUUAAUAUGAUUCAAUUUUAUGUUAUGUUUAUUUUAGCUUGGUGAUUUAUUUAUUGGUUAUUCCUUAAUUUAUUAUUUAAUACGUACUUUAGAAAAAGAAGUAUGCGAAAAACUUAACCGAGAAUUAUACAUAAAUGGAGGUAUUGGUGACAUUGUGGAUAAAUUGUUCAAUUUAAAAUUACUUGAAGAACCAACACUGUGAUACUACCUAUUUAAAUUAUUAUCUAAUCUACCAUUUAAUUUUAGGAAUUGUUCUAGUUUUACUACAUGUUUUUUCAUUUCAUUACUUUUUAUCAAUUUUAUACAAAUAUACUUCAUAUAAAUAUUACACUCUUAUAUUUCA